AUGGCAACUGCGAAACUUGCGACUCUAAUCAUCCGAACGUUAGCAAAGCCCAUUUCUUCCCAAAUAAAAGAACAGGCUCGGCAGUACGUCGUACUUGGCUUCAGACACGAACGAUUUCGCGAAAUGUGUGUUAGCCUCGCUCAGUUCAUGUAUCGUUCUGAAACGAAGCUUCGGACCAAUAUCCUUGGUGAGCCGGCGCGACAUAUUCGGCCACUUUCAGAAUCGCGAGCGAUAGAGAAUGGUUCCAACGCACUGGCAGAAGGAUUCCUCUUUGCUGUUGCUGCGAGUCUUAUAAUAGGCGAGACGUGGCGUAGUUCAAGAAAUCAAUCAAAGCGGCGAGAUGCUAUUGACGAUCAAAUAGAUGGCCUUGGGACGGGUUUGGCGGAGUUGAACAGUAGAGUGGAUACCUUGACCCAAAGAUGGGAAGAGGAGUUGUUGCAAGAGAAGCAGAGAAAUGACGAGCUGUCGCGGAUUCUAGAACGCAUCGUCGAAAUUGGCCUGCGUGGCGGUUGGGUAGAGCUU